AUGCCACCUGCACUCCAUCAAGCCAGCUUCUGGCGAAGUGAGCCCGACGACACCUCAGCUGAGCCAAAGGUGCCCACUCCUUUUGCCGGCCGCAUCGGGGCGAACCAGGAGUUCUCUCUCGAUAGGAAUAACUGCAGAGAUAUUGGGCUAUUGCAAAGACACCCGGAUGCAGCACCAUGGGUCCCAUGGAAAGACUCACUCUCUCUGAAGCAAUUGUUUGAGUUGGAAUUGUGGAAGGCAGCUGCAGUUGAAGGGCUAGGGACGUGCUUGUUAGUAUACUUAACUAUCCUCUUCCCCGUGGGACUUACAGAAAAUAUGAAUAGGAACCUCGAGACCGGCCCAGUUGUGCCUAGCUUGAUUGGCAGCUUAAUUGUGAUCUUCAUGCUUCCGCUGUUUAUAUAUACAAUUGGCCCUAUUUCGGGUGGGCAUCUUAACUCCACGAUCACUAUAGCUACCUUCUUCGGUCGUUUAACAACGUUGCCGAGGUGUAUUCUAUACGUCGCAUUCCAGACGUUGGGUUCAGCCAUCGCUGGCUGGCUGGUAAGAGCGAGCCUGGACACGCGAUCUUUCAUAGUCCCAGGUUGUUACAUAGAUAUGUCUAGCGUCUCAGUCGGCAGCGCAUUUGUUAUUGAAUUUGUAACGGAUGUGGCAUUGAUUCUGCUUUCAUUUGGUGUCGGCCUCGACCCUCGACAACGUGGAGUGUUUGGGCCGACUUUGGGUCCUGUUCUUGUUGGGAUCCCACUCGGGGUGUGUAUUUUUACGACAGGCGUUAUUCGUCAAGGAUAUACCGGGUUUUCUGGAAAUCCCGGGCGGUGUUUUGGAGCGAUGGUCGGUUCUCAUUUUUCAUCCUACCACUGGAUACAUUGGGUGGGACCGAUAUGCUCCUCGAUUGCGCAUGGCGUGUUGUACUAUUUCAUCCCGCCAUAUGAGCAGAAGUAG